AUGUUCAAACUUCAAGCAUUGUCCGCGCUGCUUGUAUUUCUGGUUUUGAGUGGUGUUCUUUCAAUGAAAUGUUCUUCGAAAUCUGGAUCUCGUUUUUCUGCUGCGGUCCUGUGGAACCGGAACGAAAAUUAUAAAAUUGAUACCACUUGCCCAUGUGUUGCCAUGACAACAACUCUUCCGCAGUGCCACAUUCACCACCUGAUCUCAAAAAUCAAUCACGUGGCGUCUACAUUACAAAACAAAUAUAGGUCGUUUCAACUAUCCAUCGCAUCGCCACAGCCAGCACCCUGUACUGACAUCCGACACCACCACCACGCUAGUGCACCACAUAACCCAGAUCUGUCCGCUGUUUUGCUUCAAUCUUAUAAGACAGUAUCACUAGUCUCAUUAAAUGUAGCCAUCGUUCAAAGACACAACAACUCUAGAAUACAGGAACUUCCUACGUCAGAACUCGGCAGAGUGUUGUGCUACAUGAAGAGGCUUCUGUUCGCUAGUGACGUCAGUUCCGUCAUCACUGGACAAAGCGUAACCGUAGAACCAAUGGAUAUUAGUCAGAUUGUGCCAUUCACCUGUCAAACCUUGAAAGAUAGCGUCCAUCUUCUUAAACAAGUGAAAACAAACAUUCUGGAAACAUUUUAUAGUCGCCUUAAGUAGAUCCCAUGUUUGUACUUUUUUGAA